AUGAUGAACCUAUGCGUUGUUGGUAAGAAAAAGUGCAUUACCUUCUCUUUCGAAAACUAUCACAACGCAAACAAUGCUAAAACAAUAAAACAAGAUCCUUGUACAUACAAAAAAAUGAAUACGCGAGCUGAAGAAAAAUUGAAAUUGUCUGUGCCGUUUUGGUGUUCUAAAACCAACAUUAGUAUUGCGCUAGUUUGUAUGGUUAACCAUUCGGCAAUAGAGCAACAUGGAAUGAAGACAUCGUCGACAAAACUAAAUCAACAGUGUCUGGCAAGCAACAAAACAAUAUCUAUUCAUGGCUCAUAUAAUUGGAGUAAAAAUACGCAAGGUAUUCUGUUGAGCGCUUAUUUUGGCGGUUAUAUUUUAACUCAAAUUCCGGCUGGGUAUAUCGCCGGCCGAUACGGCGCCAGGAUUUUGUUCAGUGGUGCCAUAUUUACUUCGAGUUUAAUCACCGUGUUCAUGCCGGCAGCUGCUGGAACACAUUGGUUUCUAUUUAGCGUUUUUCAGAUCUUUGUUGGACUUGCACACGGAACGAUAUGGCCGUGUAUGGUUGUCACUAUGGCUCAUUGGGCGCCGGCUAAUGAACGAGGAAAAUUGAUGGGUUUUAUGAAUGCAGGUGCACAAAUAGGAAAUUUUUUAGUUCUAUCCACCGGUGGUCUGAUGUGUUCGUGGAACUUUGCUGGGGGUUGGCCGCUGAUUUUCUAUUCUGUUGGCACAGCCGGUUUUCUAUGGGCUAUCCUUUGGCUGAUAGUUUAUCACGAUUCACCUCGCGAACAUCGCUACAUCAAUGAAAUAGAGAAGAAUUUCAUUCUAGAACACACUCGAAAGAAUAUCAGAUCAAAAGAUGAUAACUCUCAUACGCCUUGGCAUGCACUUUUAACUUCAUCAGCAUGUUGGGCACUAUUUGUUAUUCACACGUGUAGCAAUUGGGGAACGUAUACAUUUCUGACGUCGAUUCCUAAAUAUAUGGAUGAAGUUCUCGGAUUCGAUAUAAAAUCAAAUGGCAUACUUUCCGCCCUGCCUUACGGGAGUCAAUGGCUGGUGAUUAAUCUAUCUGGUGUAUUGGCUGACUUGAUUAUUCGUCGAAAGAUAUUAACGGUCACUCAGACAAGAAAACUAUUUACUGUUCUAGGAAAUUUUAUACCUGCACUCUUAGUUCUCAGUUUAGCAUUCAUGACCUGCCGAUUAAAGUAUGUUGCAGUUCUCCUACUUACUAUCGGUGUGGCACUCAGUGGGUGUUGUUUUGGCGGAGGGUAUAUUCUUGUUGCUAAUGAUAUUGCUCCUGCAUAUGCAGGCAUUGUUUUCGGUAUUUCGAAUACGUUCGCAACGAUUCCAGGUAUUGUCAGUCCGUAUAUUGUUGGUACUCUGACAGAGAAAGAUCCAAACAAUUGGCGAAUUGUGUUUUUUAUAUGUGCUGGUAUUUAUACCAUUGGUGUGAGCAUAUUUUUAUGGUUUGGUUCAAGUGAAUUACAAUCAUGGGCAGUGAGAAAUCGUGAUAAUAGUAUUUUGCCGGACAACUUAUUAUCAAAAUCAGAUAAUGACACAACAUGUGGCUCUUUGAACACAGCAGAACUAGAAGACCGAUGGGGAUUAAGAAUCGUUUAUAAUAUUUUUUUUCUCUACAUAAGUAUUUAUUUAUAA